CAAUGUUUUUACUUCAUUUAUUGUAGUGAUCAGUUAAUUCAAUUUUUGAUUAACAAAAUCAAAGAAAAAAAGUUCAUUUUUAAUUGUAGUUUUUAAUUGUUUUAUCAUUUCAUCAUCAUAAUCAAUUGUUUCAUCUGUUUCUUACACUCUUCCCACAAUUUGCUAAAUUAUUGCAACCAAUUUAAAUUGUUUUCUCAUCUUAGGACUAACUCAAACAAUUAAGAAAACACAACAACAACAAUUAGUUGAAGAAAAAAGUUUCCAAUCAUUUAGUGUAUUUUCAACAACAACAACAAAAAAAGCGAAUCAAAUUUAAUAACAUCGAUUGUGUUUGUGCUUUCAACAAUUAUCGAACUAGUUAAUUGUGUUUAUAAUUAAAGGAAUAACUGUUAACAAUUAAUUGAAUUUGGAUACAAAAUCAUUUGGAUAAUUAUUAUAUAACUUAUUUUGAUAAAGGAAAACAAAAGUGUUUCAAUCUAAUCGAUUGGUGAUCAAAUUUGGUUUGGACAAUUAUCAUCAUUCGUCAAUAACAAUUAAUCGUUAAUCAAUUCUAAUGGCGAUUUCUGAUGAAAAUAACGAUGGACAAUCAAUCUAUUAUCCAUCGGAUGAGUUUAAGGAAAACGCUCAUAUCUCAACUAUGGACCAAUAUAAGCGUUUAUAUAAAAGAUCAAUCGAGGAUCCGGAAGGAUUUUGGUCCGAAAUCGCCCAAGACUUUUACUUCAAGAAAGGACCAACUGGAUCUUUCUAUCGAUACAAUUUCGAUAUUCACAAAGGUCCAAUUGAGGUCAAAUGGAUGGAAGGAGCCGUUACGAAUAUAACUUAUAACGUUGUCGACCGAAUCAUCGAGAAGGGUUUAGGCGAGAGAACUGCUUAUAUUUGGGAAGGGACUGAACCUAAUCAAUAUCGAACCAUAACUUACAAUGAACUUCGUCGACAAAUCUGUAAAUUCAGUAAUGUCCUAAAGGCCAAAGGUAUUAAGAAAGGUGAUCGGGUCGCUCUUUACAUGCCAGUGACCAUCGAACUUGUAAUUGCCAUGCUUUCCUGUGCUCGAAUCGGAGCCAUACACUCGGUUAUCUUUGCCGGAUUUUCAGGAGAUGCAAUUGCCGAGCGGAUUCUUGAUGCUCGAUCUAAACUUUUGAUCACUUGCGAUGGUUGUUAUCGGGGCACCAAGUAUAUCCCAUUGAAAGAGUUGGCAGAUCAAGCGGUUCAGAAAUGUAAAGCCAAGAAUCAUUAUCUUGUUGCUGUAAUUGUUUAUCAUCAUCUUAAAGAGGCUGCAAGUCUUUCCCACUCUGGAAGUGGUAAUAAUAAUAAUAUACUGAAUGGGUCAAGUGGAGGGUCAAAAAGUGAAAAUAAAAUGACCACUAAACAUAUUGGUUUUAAUGGUGUUAAACCCGUUACAAGUGCUCUUGGUAUCAAUGGUGCUAACGGUGUUAAUAAUAACGCUAGUGGCCUUAAAUGUAAUGAUAAUAAAAAUAAUGAGAUGAAAAGUGUUACCGUUAACAACAAUCAAGUUAAUUGUAAUAAUAAUAUCAACGAAGGUAAAAACAAUUCAUCGUCAAAUGUUGCUGUAAAUGUUAACAAUAUCACCACAAUUAACAACACAAUCAGCAACAAUAAUACAACAUCAACACCAUCAACAGCAACACCAACAGCAACGGCAACAACAACAACAACAACAACAUCAACAACGACAAACAAUAAUCAAAAUGUUAAUAAUAAUACUAAUUGUAAGGAGGAUCAACAUGGUAAAGAGGAUAAAGUUACUGAGAAACCCAAGGAACACCCUGUUAUCCCUUGGAACCCUGAUCUUGACCAUUGGUGGCACGAAUUGAUGAAUUCAGCUGAUGACCAUUGUGAACCUGUUUGGGUUGAUGCUGAGGAUCCAUUAUUUAUUCUGUAUACAAGUGGUUCGACUGGUAAACCAAAGGGAGUCUUACACACGGUUGCUGGUUACAUGAUUUACGCUGCGACUACUUUCAAGUAUAUUUUCAAUUACAAUGGAGGCGAUGUUUUCUUUUGCACUGCUGACCUUGGUUGGAUCACUGGACACACUGUCAACGUAUAUGGAUCUUUGGCUAAUGGUGCGACCAUUGUACUAUUUGAUGGUACCCCUUUCUAUCCGGAUGCUGGUCGACUUUGGCAAAUCGUUGAUACCCACAAUGUUAAUACCCUUUAUACCGCUCCGACUGCAGUUCGAUCACUAAUGAAAUAUGGAGAUAAAUAUGUUAAACAAUAUUCGCGCAAUUCACUUAAAUUAUUGGGAACCGCUGGUGAACCAAUUAACGAGGAAGCUUGGGCUUGGUAUUUUAGGAUUGUCGGUAAUGGACGUUGUCCAAUCGUCGACACUUUUUGGCAAACUGAAACUGCUGCACCAGUUAUAUCAACGUUACCUGGUUGUACACCAAUGAAACCUGGAUCAGCGUCAUUCCCGUUUUUCGGUGUUGUACCAGCAAUUGUUAAUGACGAAGGUCGUGAACUAACUGGCCCAUCCGAAGGUCACCUUGUAUUUAAAAGACCUUGGCCUGCUCUUAUGCGAACCGUUGAUGGAAACCACAAACGCUUUGAAUAUACCUAUUUCACUCGAUUCCCUGGUUACUAUUGUACCGGCGAUGGAUGUAAACGAGAUAAAGAUGGUUACUAUUGGAUUACUGGACGAACUGAUGAUCUCCUCAAUGUAUCAGGCCACCUUUUAUCUACCGCUGAAGUGGAAGCAGCUUUAGUUGAACAUUCAGCUAUUGCUGAAACGGCCGCCGUCUCAACACCUCACAAUGUGAAAGGAGAAUGUAUCUAUUGUUUUAUCGUUCUUAAAAAUGGUUUCGAAUAUUCUGUUCAACUUGAAAACGAACUUAAAACACAAGUGCGACGUCGUAUUGGUGCAAUAGCUUCACCUGAAGUAAUCCAUGUGGCCUCAGCUCUUCCAAAGACUCGAAGUGGUAAAAUAAUGCGUCGGCUACUUCGUAAAGUUGCUCGUGAUGAAAGAGAUGAACUCGGAGAUCUAUCGACCUUAGCAGAUGACUCAAUUCUAGAUGAACUUUUUCAAACUCGAAGCAUAUAUGCUUGAUAAACUAAGACGAUAAUCAUCACUAAUCAACCACAAAAAUCACAAUAAUUCAAAAUCAUCUCUUUAAAUCAUUACCAUUUUUAAGCCUCUCCUUGUUUUCCUCUCUCCCUCUUACUCUUUUUUUUUAUUCUCUUGUCCCUCAACUUAAACAAUUUAAAGCGAUACCUUUUCAUUACUUUUAAUUGUUGUCGAUCAACUAUCAUAUUAAUCAGCUAUAUAUUAAUGCAUCAUUGCUUUUGGCAUGGAAAAUGAUAAUCAUCAAAUUUUAUUAUCCAAUUAAUCAACCAAAAGCAUCAAGAUUGAAAGACGAAGGACAAACAAGAAGUGACCAAGAAGAGCAUCAACAUUAUCAUCAAAAUCAAAAUCAUCAUCAUUAUCAACUAUGGGAAAAAAAAUUGUCAAUCAAUAAUCAAAUCAACUCUAAAAUCUUAGAGACUUUAAUUUUUUUUUCAUCAUCAA